UGCAUGUCUGUAGCAACAAAAGCGUCAAAAUGGCGGACACCUUGCUCGUUCGAGCACUGAAAGGAAAACCAAAGACUUUGAACCUCUGUAACAAAAAGUUAAACAAAGUACCAAGAGCUAUAGGAAAAUUGGACUGUGUUUUACAUCUGCAGCUUCGCGGAAACAAGCUAAAAGAUCUGCCAAAUGAAUUAAGUCACCUCUUUCAGCUGCAGAUCUUGAACUUGGGGAAUAAUGAAUUAGAAGAUUUACCUGAAGUUCUAGAAUAUCUUACCAUGCUGGAGAAACUCCAUUUAUUCAACAACCAAUUACAGAACUUGUCUCCUAAAGUUUUGUCAAGUAUGAGGAAUCUCACAUUUUUGAAUUUGAAUUCAAAUCAGUUAAAAACUUUUCCUCCAGAAAUAUGCAGACUUUCAAGCCUGCAGCAUCUGAGUGUGGACUAUAACAAACUUACAGAGUUACCAGUGGAGAUAUGUGCCUUGCUUCGUCUUGAAGAGUUCAGAGCUGCAGGGAAUCAGCUCACUAGUCUUCCUUUGGAGUUUGGAUUCCUGGUGAAUUUGGAAAAACUUUAUCUACAGAAAAAUAAAAUCAGAGAACUACCAGAGAGCCUUGGAAAAUGCUACAAAUUAAGAAUAUUAGAUAUUGCAGCCAAUGAGCUGAGGAUUUUCCCCACAGAGUUAGGGGAUCUGCCCCUAAAGGAAAUGUACUGUGAAGAGAACCCCUUACUACAACACAUCCCUGUACACUCUGUACAGGAAGAGGAAGUCCUCUCGCUCAAAGAAAUAACAGCCAGAUAUGUAAUGAAGGAAUUAAAAGACAGGUGGUCAUAUCUGCGACGUGCUAUCCGUCACUACCCACAGAUAAAGGACAUGUUGGCCCAAGCCAGCAAAUGUUCCGUGUGUGGCGAGUCUUUCCUCAACACCUGGCUGGAGUGUGUACGAUUUGUGGAUGCCAAAUCUGACCUUCACCUGACCAAUAUCACUGGACUUGUACCUGUCAGAGCUCUUCUAUGUUCUUACAAAUGUUUUAAUUCAGCUGGACAUCAAUAUUACGGCGUUGCCUUCCCUUGAUAAGCUGCAGACCAAAAAUACAUCUUUUUGAGCAGUGAACAGUUUCACUGUUUUAUGCUGAUAGCUGUACAAGUCAGUUUUGAUGAACUUGUACAUGAACAGUUCUUAACCUCCAGGUUGGACGAAGACAUCAUAUUUGACAUAUAUGUAUGAUAUGAUGGGUGAUUUUGUAGUCAUCUAAUACAUUAAAAUUCUGCAGUCAUUUAAUAUGUUGAAAGUGAUAUAUGGCCAUGAUGUAUCUUGCAGAUGUUGACAUCUUCAAGAUUGCAUUAACGAGGUGAUAUUUGUUUACUUGGGGUUAAAUGCAAUUAGGAGAUCAACCUCAAAAUAUUUUUAUUGACCAUAAGCAUUGAACUGUAACCUACAAAAUUAAUCUUUCCAGUACCUGUCAAAAUAAUCACCAACGUAUCUGACUAGCAAUAUUACUAUUUCAUUGUGUCUAAAUUACAAUUGUAUACUACAAAAUUUACCAAUUGUACAAUAUGUAGUAGAAAACUGUUUGAUUUAAAAUGUCAUAUUUAUCCUGUAAUAAGCUCAUGUGCCAAUAUACAAUCAACAAAACAGUAAGGGGUGGGCUGAUUGUAAGAUAAUAAAUCAUUAUCAUUUUAUUUAACUGGAAAUAGACAUGGGUGGGCUUAUGAAGACAUGGGAUUAUUAUAUGAUAAUUACGGUACCAAAGUACCAUGUGCAAUGUAUCAUUGUAACACUGAAAUAACAGGUGUAUCAGUGAGGCAUUGUUUAUUGUAAAAGUAUUUUCAUAAAUGAUUAAGCAAUCUGUGAUAUUAACUACCUAACCUGUAUCUGUCAAUUAUGAAUACCAGGGUUCUGUAUAUUUACUUUCGUUUGCCCUAGAUGUCUAAAAUAUUUGUUAUUAUAAGGUGUUAAAGAAGUUUUAAAACAGCAGAACAGAAACAAGCAUUGAAUAAAUACAAUAAUGUUGUAUUAUAUAUCACUUCAUCUCCCCCAAAAUGGCGGAUGUUUUGUUUCAUAUUGCUGUAAAUACAUAAUUGUAAAUAUGAACAGUUACAUAUAAUUGUUUCAACUCAAAUAAUGUAUUCUGACAUUUAUCAGAGUACUAAUAUAGCCUAAAAUAUGCAUUUGAGUUUGUACUUUGAAUCUUUUAAACAUAAGCAUACAGCAUUUUUGAAUGUCAUCAAAUUUCAUUGAAUUUUUUUAUUCAUUUUGUUAUGUCAUUGACCAUUAAAUAAAACCAAAACUUCAA